CCCAGCAACAAGCAGCUGCAUCAAGAUCACCAUACCAAAUCCACCCCGCCAAAUCAACCCAACCCACCAAUUCCACCACCACCACCAGAACAAACAACAACAAAACCUCCCAAGCGGAGCACCACCAUCACCACACCUCCUCCCACCACCACAAAAACAACAUAAAAUCCAAAAUGGUCGACAUCCUCCCCCUAAGCUCGUACCCCUCGUACAUCGACCUCCUCCCCUCGAUCCAAACCUGCAACAUCACCAACCUCCCGGAGAACUACUUCCUAAAGUACUACCUGUACCACGCGCUCACCUGGCCGCAGCUGUCCUUCGUGGCCGUCGUGCGGCCCAAGAACGGCUACGCCCAGCACGGCGGCGCCGACGCCUACCCGAAGGUCGUCGGGUAUGUGUUGGCCAAGAUGGAGGAGGAGCCCACGGACGGUGUCGCGCACGGCCAUAUCACGAGUCUGAGUGUUAUGCGCACGCACCGUCGGUUGGGGAUUGCGGAGCGGUUGAUGCGGAUGAGUCAAAGAGCAAUGGCCGAGUCUCACCGCGCACAAUACGUCUCGCUGCACGUGCGCGUCUCCAACACGGCGGCCCUGCGGCUCUACCGCGACACGCUGGGGUUCCAGGUCGAGAGCGUCGAGAGCAAGUACUACGCUGACGGCGAGGAUGCGUACGCGAUGCGCAUGGAUCUGUCGGAUAUGUGGGUGGACUGGGCGAAGAUCGAGCGCGAGGACCGCGAGCGCGCGGCCAAUGAAGAGAAGGACGGCGACGAGGGCGAGGCCGUGGGCGAGAUGGGUAAGGCGGAUGAUAAGAAGGAUCAGGAGCGGAUGGUGCGCGUUAAGGUUGGCCGCGGGUUGGGGGUCGGGGAUCUGGUCGAGAAGAAUGAGGCUGCUGGGAAAUAAAUAAAUCCUUCUAGGAUUUGAGGUUGAAGUGGAUGGAGGGGUGGAUGGGGAGAUGCUAUACUGCGGGUGAGGUUGGUCUGUACCAUUUCAUGCAUGCAUGGCGUUUUUGCAUGGUUAAAAAGACAGGGUAAAAAUAGAGAAUCCAUCAUGCAGG